CUGUUGCUAGCUGCUAGCUAGCCAUUGUGUGAAUAACUAGCUAGUUGUGUUUAUACUUUUGCUUUUUUGUGUGUAAACAAUACAGAGCUGCUGCUUGUCGUCCUCCUCCGUCGUUAUUAGCAUGCUCCAUACAGCCCUUGUCUAUGUCGUCUAUUCGCUGUAGCCUCCUCCGUACAUUGCUUUUCCUGUGCCAUCAAAGCCUAAAGUUGUGUCGAGGAAUCCACGUCACCAUCAAUUCCUUCAUUCCAAGGUUCAUCAGGCAUGUCUUGCAACUUGUGCAACAAUCUAAUGGCCGGACUUCCGCGGUGCAAGCUGGUAACUUCAAAAUCUGUUUGCAACCCCAGCCAUUCCAAUGGUCGAAGCAAGUUCAUGUCUGUGAAUCUCUGAAGAUUCCCAAAGUCAUAGUCUGGUACAACAAUCAAGGAACCUGUACUGGCUUCAUUUUUAAAGCGCAAUUCCAUCAGCUCGCUCCAGCAUGUUGAAAACAGAGCAUCAUAGCAUUCCACGCUACCCCCAGUGACUCCUUGGAGGACGUGAAAACGGGAGAUUGCUAACAGUCUGCGUCCUUCUUCUAAGAAUUGCAGAUCAUCGUCAUCAUCUUUGGUUUGUUCAUUCACCGGUAUAUCAAUUAAACUGGCUUCCAUGCAAUUCAAAACAUCUUCCAGCACCUUUCGGUCGGCGUCACCGGUGGGAAUCCCAUCCAAUCGUCUCCACGGGUCACUGUCUCGUGUAUUGUCAAAGUCAAACGCCAACGUAGCAGCAGGAUCCAUCGAAUUUCCAAGAAAGGUCAUGGCUGGUACCGACGAACUUGUGGCAAAAUCCAGAAACAUGGGAUGCCAUUCUUCAUUCGCGCUGAAAAAUUCUCUCAUGGCCGAUUCAGUGUCGAUCACGUCAGCGCGAGGAGUGGUAGCCACCUUGUCAUAGGUCUUUUCAGGGGGUGCGCCUCCUCCAAAUCCUUGGCCACCACCUCGGCCGCUGUUUUUCUUGCGGCCAGAACCCUUGGCAGCUAAUGGAGUCUUUUGCAGAACAUGAGAUCCCACCUUGAAUGAGGUAAAAGCCGUCGUGGGGGUAAAACAGAGCGCCCACACAAUCACUGGAGAGGGAAGUAAUCUCCGCAGGCUUUUUCUUCUUGUCAUGGUCCCAGUUAGAAAGCUCUCCAAGAAUUAGACUACUAGUAGUAUGAUGGAUAUCGCUUUGAAAGUCGUGACGAUAGAUACGAGCCAUCAAUGAGCCAACAAAGAAGGCGACAUCUGUCAAUGCGUGGUUCAGAAUUCAUCCAAGCAAUGACGUGACGUCCGCGGUAAGCAGGCACAUUUGGGUGUUUUCCCAGUCUGGCUGUUUUCCAGUGAAGGAACCUGACAACCUUACCUCUAAAAUAUAUGUCACAUCGGUACUCAAAGCUAAUAUACUUAUUUCCCACGCAAAAGACACACGAACGACAGAACUCUCCGCCACUUCUUUCUGCUUUCCCCACAUACAUCAUGUCCCCAUGCAACACAUCACACAUCAAAGCCUCCUCCCGACGCAAUAGAAGUCCUUCUCUUCACGAAAGUCCCAGUUGCUCCUGCCAUCGUUGAGACCUGAGUGCGUUGGAAUUCUCGCUGUUGCGCCCUUGGCAGCAGCUGGUUGAAUAAUUCAAUCGGAUGAUUACAAAGGAGACGUGAUUGCUGAAUUGCUUCUAUCGAAUUUUCCACGAUGGAGCUUCCCUUUGCUGUGGAAUCUCCGGAGCGAACUUCCCAAUUGCUGCAACCUACAUCAUUAUCAGCUGGUGAUGUAGUCAGUGAUGACGGUUCAUCGCUAGUCACGGCCUCGUCUCAAGGUAGUUUCCUGACUUCCGCUUCGGGAAUGGAUGCUGCCAACGGUCCCUCAGCUUUCGCCCACAGACCACCACCACCACCACAUCAUCAUCCACAACCGACAACAGCACAUAUAAAUCCUCCCAUGGCAACGGUAGUUCCGUCUCACCAUACUGCAAGGCCAGUGGUUCAGCCAGUGGUAGCAGCCCAUGGACAUCCUGCUCCAUUGAUUUCGCCAUCACCACCAAGUCGUGCUCCACCUGUCGUGGCUCCACCCAUGCCAACAUCAGCUCCUCGUCCAAGUGGCAACAACACUAGUAGGACUGGUUCUGGUGGUAUCACCAGUGGCCUUAAUAUCUUUGGAAACUUGAGAGUGUUCGGGUCAUCCAAGCCCAGUUCAUCCAAGCAGCAACAACAACACACGGAUCACACAGAAGCGCAUAAGACAUCCCUGGAAACGAUUGACUUUACAUAUGUCAAUGUGUGUGAAACAGAUGCUGAUGAUGAAGUAGAUAUCACUCUGAGUGGUCAACUCACUGCCAUUGAUGGACCCUUAGGAGGAGAGACGGAAGGAACCGAAUCCAAACGAGAUAUUCUGACCCUAUUGCUGAGUGGUGCGGUCCAACAAGACGGAGACGCUGACAAUGAAUCAUUAGUGCGUCAGUGCGAAGAGGCCCAUCAAGCGGCUUGUAUGGCAGCAGAAGCCAAGCGAGAAGGAGACCUGCAAGGCGCCUUGGAGGCACAUACUCGAGCAGCAAAACAAUUCCAUGCAGCUGCCCUAAUCGUAAAGGAUCGAAAUGUCCCAAUGGCCAAUUCUUUGCUGCUGCUGAGUCAAACACAAGCAAAGUCUGCCUUGGCACUGAAGCGCAUUGUUAAGCAAUCGCCCAUUCCACAUGACAGCAAUCCAGCAGAUGCCAAGAACCCACGUUCCAAGAUCAUAACUCACAAAGAUCGUCUUAGGGCGGCUGUGCGAGGUGCCCUCGUGACACGCAACAACGAAGAGGAAAUGUCCGAUUCAGCAUUCUUGGGAAAAGCAACCAAGGGGCCCAUGACGUCUGUGUCGGGUUCAUCCGUAGUGGAAACUUCCAAUAGCAGAUCAGAGCCAUCAACUGCUGGGCCUCAGCACAACAAUCCAGUGGAUGACAUGAUGGAACUAGAACGACAACUGAGAGAUAUGGAUCUUGCGCUAGAGUUGGGAAAUUCAAUUGCUUCUUUGGAUGCAAGAACGCAGAGUCGUCUGAAGAGUUCCUCCAUUGGUGUGGAUGGUAGCUUCAUGGUUGUUCCGGGAUCUCAGUCUUACAUGUCCUCAUCCAACAUGUGGGCCCCAACUCCCUCAGCUCCGUCACAUGCUUCGAACACCGGUGCAACAUCAGCACGAAACAAUCCAAAGGCCGCCACAUCUCGGACUGCAGCAACGCCAGGCACAGCGGGAGUCCGUGCCCGCGCCAAUCGUGUCCAAAACCUACUUGGGGCUUCCACAAAUUACCCUCGUUCUCCUUCUCAUGGUCAGCUACAUCAACCUACCCACCCGCACAAUCGGAGUACAGUAGCCCCCGCACCACCUCCAUCGGGCCUAGAGUCUAGUUGGUGGGGAACGUCCAGUACAACAUCUCAAGUUCUCACUUCUUCUGUCAUUUCGUUGGGUGCAAGCUGUAUCCGACCUGGACCAGGUCAAGAAGGUGGAGGAGCAGACAGUCCCGCCAACACGAAGCAACUCAUGCGAUUGAUGGACGCCUUGAAGACACUAGGAGAUGAAAACGCGAAUCUUUUGCGUGAGGUGGAAGAAGCAGAGGCCGCUCGCAUGGAGGGCAAGGCUGCCAAGGAGCAGAUGGCCAAGUUCAAACAAGAGUACAGCAAGCGUUUUGAACACUUGAAAGCUGCCCUCAAGAAGUUUCGUGAAAACAAUCCUGAAACUGGCGGCGGAGAGGCCAAUCUUGUGACCAGCAGUGACUACAUGCGAACUGCUUCCACCACGGAUCAGCUUGUAAGGCAAGAGCAGUUAAUCCGAAAGCUCACCGACGACCUAAAGCAAGCAAAGGAAGAGUCGAAGAAGAAGGACAUGGCACUCCAGAAGUACGAGAACUUUUAUCGCGAAGUGAAAGCAAGGAGCGCUGCGAAACAACGACAGCGCGAAACAGGCGGAGUGGCAAAUAGUCAGCGCCCCCCUCAACCAAAAACAGGAUCACGACGUGCUGGGCACCGUUAGUGCCCAAUCUAGCUCGCCUAACUGAAAGAUGAGGCCAUCUGUCUAAACUGUUGUUGAUAAUAUUA